UCUAUCUGUUUUGAGAGAGAGAGAAGAGAGAGAGAGAGAGAGAGAGAGAGGGAGGGAGGGCGAGAGGAUUCAGAGGAAAGUGGAUAUGGAUGUAGCCGUUAAGACACUCUUCCUGGGUUUAAGCCCUAAUGUAACAAUACUAAUGGUUAACCAAAAUGCAGAUGUCUUCAUUCCACAUCUUUCGUCGAAAAGAGAAACCUUUCCCCUUCAAAUCAGAUACAAUGUCAAAGAGUUUCGGAACAGGGCGCAUCCCAAGAUGCAAUUUGCUGUUUCUGCAGUGGCAGCAAAGACAAGUGUAGAGGAUCUUGAAGGUUUGUCUUCUCCAUCUCAAGAUUUCUCAGUUACUGCAAGUGGUACUAGCGAGGCCAACGAACUAAAGUUAAGUGUGGAGGUAUCCGGAGCUAAAACUGUAGCAAUUUUUGAUGAUGUCUUCUCCAAAAUGGUUGCUGCUGCCCAGCCAAUUCCAGGCUUUAGAAGAGUAAAAGGAGGAAAAACACCCAAUAUACCUGAAGACGUUCUUUUGCAAAUUCUUGGACCGUCCGAAGUUUACAAGCAAGUGAUUAAGAAAGUAAUCAAUUCUACUAUAGCUGAAUUUGUAGAGAAGGAAGGUUUGACGGUGAGUACAGACUUGAGAGUUGAGCAGAGCUUUGAAGAUCUUGAAGCCAAAUUUGAACCGGGUGAUAAAUUCAGCUUUGAUGCCGUUGUUCAGCUCCGAGAAUUGAAUUGAUAAAGAACAAUAAACCUUGUUAUCAUUUUGUUUGAGCCAUGUUUCAUGCGUUUCGAACCACUUGGUACAAGGAGCAGAUUAGGCCAUUUUUUUAGUGGACAUUUUCGGACAAUUUAUGCAGAAGCGCCGAUAUUUGUUU